AUGGCCUCCAAGGUUUUCUCUUCCACAAUCCGCAGAGCUCUAACAAAGCCACAGAGCGCUUUUACCCGGCGUCAUCACUUGUCGACCGCCGCCGCCGCUACUACUUCCGCGACGACGACGGCGGAUGAUGAAUUGGCGAUCGUGAUGAAAGGGGUUCGAAUUUCAGGUAGACCUCUAUAUCUGGAUAUGCAAGCGACGACUCCGCUGGAUCCGAGAGUAUUCGACGCGAUGAAUGCGUCUUCCAUCUACGACUACGGGAAUCCCCACUCCCGAACGCAUCUCUACGGCUGGGAAGCCGAGAACGCCGUCGAGGUCGCACGAAUCCAGGUCGCGAAACUGAUCGGCGCUUCACCGAAAGAGAUCGUGUUCUUAUCCGGCGCGACGGAGGCUAACAACACGGCGGUGAAAGGUGUCAUGCACUUUUACAAGGACAAGAAGAAGCACGUCAUCACCACACAGACUGAGCACAAGUGCGUCCUUGAUUCCUGCAGGCAUUUGCAGCAGGAAGGAUUCGAGGUAACAUACUUGCCUGUGAAAACCGAUGGAUUAGUCGAUUUAGAGAUGCUUAGAGAAGCUAUUAGGCCAGACACAGGGCUAGUUUCGAUUAUGGCUGUGAACAAUGAGAUUGGUGUGCUCCAGCCUAUGGAGGAGAUAGGUAGGAUUUGCAAAGAGCAUAAGGUUCCGUUUCAUACUGAUGCUGCUCAGGCUAUAGGGAAGAUACCUGUUGAUGUUGAGAAGUGGAAUGUUAGUUUGAUGUCAAUGAGUGGUCACAAGAUCUAUGGACCUAAAGGUGUUGGUGCUCUGUACGUGAGGAGGAGGCCGAGAAUCCGUCUCGAGCCGCUGAUGAACGGUGGAGGGCAAGAGAGAGGGCUUCGUAGCGGGACGUUGUCCACGCAGCAAGUUGUUGGCUUUGGGGUUGCUUGUGAGUUGGCGAUGAAGGAGAUGGAGUAUGAUGAGAAGUAUAUUAAGGGUUUGCAGGAGAGGUUGCUGAAUGGGGUUAGAGAGAAGCUUGAUGGGGUUGUGGUGAAUGGUUCGAUGGAGAGUCGAUAUGCAGGGAAUCUGAAUCUGUCGUUUGCUUACGUUGAAGGAGAGAGUCUGUUGAUGGGUUUGAAGGAGGUUGCAGUGUCUAGUGGGAGUGCUUGCACGAGUGCGAGUUUGGAGCCUUCGUAUGUGUUGAGAGCGUUGGGUGUGGACGAGGACAUGGCUCACACUUCGAUUAGGUUUGGGAUUGGUAGGUUUACGACGAAGGAAGAGAUUGAUAAAGCUGUUGAGCUUACGGUUAAACAAGUUGAGAAGCUGAGGGAGAUGAGUCCGCUUUAUGAGAUGGUUAAAGAAGGUAUUGAUAUAAAGAACAUACAAUGGUCUCAACACUGA